AUGAAGACUGAAAAUGUUCAAGAAGAAAUUUUAUCACAAAAAUUAAGUCAACUAUCUACUGAAGGUCAUAAACGUCCAUUGAGUACUCCAACAGCAAGUCAAGAAGAAAAUUCAAAGAAAAAGAUUUGCUUACCUACAGAUGUUAAUGUUCAACAACAACAACCACAACAAACAAAUCAAAUAACAGCUUAUUUAGAAACAAUGGAUACAAUGUUCAAGCGUACCCUAUUCAAUGAUGCUAGAAUACCACCCAACAAUCUACAAGUUCUAAUCGAUUGUAAACAACAAAUUGAAUUGACUCAACUUCAUUUAAAACGUUGGACACGAUAUUAUGAAAUAGGUAGUCAACAACAAAUAUGGUCAAAAGAAAUAGUGAAAUUAUUUACAAUGAAGAAAAUUGACGAAAACGAAUAUAAAAUCUACGUAGAAAAAUAUCUUAAUGAAUUAAAUCGAAAAUUAGAACAAUUACAACAACAAAUGAAUACUUUGAAAGAAGAUUGUCCUCAUUUACUUGAAGAAUUUAUUCAAACUUAUCGUCUAUUACCAUGGAAAAUGAAAUCAGAUUGUCAUCUUACUCAAUUUGAAUAUGACUAUCAAGAUCAAUUAUUAGAACGUGAAUUUCUUUCUCUUCAACCAACAAAAGAACAGAUUGAAGUUAGCAAGAAUCUAAACAAAUUAUAUUAUGAAUAUAGACGAGCAAAAAAAGAAUUCAAUGAAUUAAAACAUCGUAUUCAAUGUAAUCAACCAACUCAAGAAAGUGUUACACAAGCUUCGUUUAUGUUAUUGACAACAACAACAACAGUUACGAAUCCAAAUUUUUAUCAUCAAGAAAUUGAUCAAGAUGAAAAAAAAUUACAAGAAUAUUUAAAUAAUUUCAUGAUGAAAUCAAUACAAGAAGCUGAAAAGAAAAUUUUACAAUAUAAACUCUUAUUUCAAGAACAAGAACAACAACAACUUUCUCAAUCUGUAUUAACAUCAUCGAUGAUCGAUAUUGUUUAUCGUCGUUAUGAAUUAUGUAAAGCAAAACUUGAUUAUACUGAACAAUUUCGUUUGAAUUAUUUUUUACGACAACAUUUUGGUCAACAAUCAGAUGAAUUUAAUUUAGCUAAAAUUAGUUUCUCACCCACCAUCAUCGUAGAUGCAUCCAUGCAUGUAUUUUAUAAGGAACAUUUACGAUUAUUAUCACGUGGACCCACAUAUGUACCACCGUAUCAAGUGAUAAAACAAAAUCUUGAAAAAAAUUAUAAACAAUUACAACAUGAUGUCAAUGUCAUAUUAGUUAAAUCAAAUGUUAAUUUAGUACAAUCAAUAGUACUACAAAAACAAAUUAAAGAUCUCUAUAUGAAAAUGUUUUCGAACAAAAUUCAAUCACUACCGAAAUCAAUCUUUGAACGUGCACAAUAUGAACAACAACUUAUUGAAACAAUAAAAAAUGAUUUAAAAAGAUUUAAUUUAAUUUUACGACGAACUUAUGAUCAACGAAAUGUUUUCUAUCUUGGUGAUAGACUAUCAUUCGAUAGAUUAUCACAAGAAUUUAUGUUACAAACAGAUCUAUUCGAAAUCGAUAUGACUAUUGAUAAUGAAAAUCUUCAAGUAACACGUGAUUAUUUAACAAAUCAAAUUAAAUCUAUGAAUCAAGAAUUUAAAACUAUUUUGAUCGAUACAAAAAAAUAUAAAGAUCAACUUAAUCAAAUAACGGUUUUAAUUGACAAAGUAAAAUUACCUUAUUUAUAUUUUCUACCAGAUCUAUCAAAACAACAAACAUCAUUAUUAGAUCUGGUAAAACCUCGGCUGAUGACAUCAAAACAAAAUGCUACUUAUCGUUUAGGAAAAUUUCUUGAUCGAAUACUACGCUAUAUGAUGAAUAUACAUCGACAAGGACGUAUGUUUUAUAAUGGUUCUGAUUUCUUACGAAAAUUUCAUGAUUAUAUUGAUCGUACUCAUCGUCUUUGUUCAACAACCAAAUUUGUUACAAUUACUAUUGACAAUUUUUAUCAUUUAGUUUCACAUGAUCACAUGUUAGAUGCAUUAACAGAUUUUUUUAUUAAUGAUUAUCAUUUACCCUACAUUGAAAAGAUACAUUAUACUAAAAUUGUUCAAUUAACAAGUUUAUUUCUACGUAAUAAUCGAUUUUAUUAUGAUAAUAAAAUCUAUCGAUUUAUCAAAGGUGGUCCAACAAAUUCAGGUCUUAUUGAAACAUUAGCCAAUAUUUAUCUUAGUCGAAUGGAACAAUUUUUAAUUGAUCAACAUUUCAUGCAAAAUGAAUUCUAUGGUCGAUAUAAAAAUCAAAUCUUCUUUACAUGGAAUCAAUCAUUGAAUGAACUUGAACAAAUUCUCAAAUUGAUGACUUCAAAAUAUGAUCAUCUUGAUUUUGAUAUACAUAUUGAACAAAAAUUAACCUAUCUUGAUAUUUAUUUAGAAAAUCAUCAUGGUUUACUCUAUAGUCGGAUUCAUCAUCAUCGACAAAAUCAACAAUGUUAUACAUUACCAUAUACUCCGAAUGGAAAUUCAAUAAGAACACAUAGUCAUUGGUUACGAUCAAGUCUUAUACGUGCUGUUCGUUAUUGUACAACAAUGGAAGAUUUUAAUCAAGAACGAAUCUAUCUAGAAAUGACAUAUCUAGCAAAUGGUUAUUCAUUGGAAUUCAUAGAAAAACAUAUGCAACAUUUUUUUACAUUUUUCGAUGGCAAAAAAUUACAACAAUUACCUUUAGAUCAACGUCUAUAUGAAAAAUUUCGUCAUCGUCUAUUUAAUUUUAUGAGUGAACAACGACAAUACAUGGAGAAAAAACAAGAAUCAUUCAAGAAGAAUCGACGUUUUCAUUUAUCAUAUACUCAUGAUAAUAUGAGUCCAAAGGGUGAAUUCAAUAAAAAAUUACGUAAAAUUUUAUCAGAAAAUAUUCCAUUACAUGAUGUAACAUUUGAGAACAAUAAAUUACAACUUGAUAUCAUACCCAACUAUCAAUAUUCAUUAAAUGCACUUCUUAGUCGACAACGACCAAUACAUCCAAUAUUGAAUAAAAAUUAA